AUGGCAGUGGCCCCAAGGGUAUCUCUGUCCCAAGAUUUAUGGUCCCCUGACUCUGGCAUCGCCCUACCGCCCUGGGGCGGGGCCCCCUCACCCCUAAAAUUUUGUCCUUUUCUAGUCACUGCCCGUCCUAAAGGGCCCGACGGGGCCAAGAAAACCCUUUCACCAGCCCAAAUCCCCUUCCUCCCGGGGUCCCCCCCUGCCCCAAAGCCUGGAAAUGGCCCCCGGCCCAAACCACCAACCCCGCCCCGAAACCCGGCGGGUAUUCCCAAAGGGGCCAGCCCCCCGCGGUUUUAUGGGGUUUUCCUGGGCCCCCCCCCCGGGGUUUACUUUGGCAGGGCCCCCAAAAUUUAA